UUGGGGUUCGGAUGCUCGCAGGUUUUGCUUGCCCUCAGCCAUAUGGCCGCAGGAGCAAGCUAGGGAGGAGUCUCCCAGUUCCAUAAAGUGGGUGUAAAGCCAAGAUCUUUCCACUGGAAAUGAAAGUGGGAGGGUAACUAUACAUUACCUCUGCUUGGGAACUAACCCAUGCCAGAACAAUAGUUACCCUCUGUCCCUGGGAAAACCACCGUGGUGAUCAUGCCAUGGAAGGUAGAGUGGCUGGAAAGAGCAGCUCUCUAUCACAUCUGCUCUGCGAUAGAGAGCUGCUCAGGCAGGCAGGCAGGCUCACAGCCCAUGCUGUGUGUGCCUUGUCUCCAGCCUUGGCUUGUGAGCUUGUAUUUGAAAUUCCAAGUGGCUGUGGGUGAGGGAGUGAACAGGAUUGCAGGUCAGCCUUUAAUGCCAGGCUUUGAAGAUGGUGUCCUGGUGCUGGCAAAUGGGCCUCAAUGCCCCAUGAGGUUUGCUGAGCCAUGUAUUUUUUGCUGGUAGAACAGGACCACCUGAGGCUGCUGUAGACAUGUAGGAGGGGAGUCCAUAAUGACUGGCAUGGGCUGAACUGCAGGAGCCUAGCUGGGGCUGAAGACCUCCCUCCCCCAGAAGAGGCCUAACCCAGUGCAGGAAAGGUGGAGACAGCCCUGGGAACUGAGGGGAAGCCGAAGACUGAAACUCUGCUCCUCCCUGAGAAACAUGGCCCUCCCAGGAUUGACUGGGGGAGUCCACGGUCUGAGGGAACAGUGGGGCUGGCUCUUCCCUCCCAGCAGGAGGAGGGUGGCAUUUCCUACAUCCCAGUCCAUUGGUGGUGCAGCAAGCACAGCUCCUGGGAGGGAGAGCAGAUGUGCCUGACCCCCUUGACUGUACAACUGCGGCAUGCACAGAGUCAAGCAGAGGAAUGCCCUGGGAGGGCUCCUUGAAUGGCUGUCACAUCAGUCAGGCCCACGGAAGGCCGGGGUAUGCUUUUUUUCUUUCUGCUGCCUCAUUCAUCUCUAUUACAGUGACAGGCUGCCUAAACACAGCUCCCGUGGAGCUGACACAGCACCUCCCGGAUGGGUCCAGUGGGAGUGCCAGGGAGGCCUGCUGCACUCUACCUAACCUCCGACUCAUCCCCCUCCAGCCUCCUCUUUGCUCCUUUCCCUCCAUGCUCCCUCUCUCUCUCCAGAACCUGUCUGCCAGACAAGAGGUGUGGCAGUGGGAGGGCAGGUGAGCCCAUCCUCAUGCCCCAGCUGCACUGUCUACAAUCCAUGCACCUGCUCCCCACACACCUGAGAGGAAAGUAGAGGCUGGCAUGGGCCUGAGUUUGAGUCAGGGUUUUGCUGAGCAUGGGGGGAUGGAGCAACCCUGUAUCAGAUCUGCCCAGGCUGAGGCCAGGGCCUGGUUACCUCCCAGCUGCUCUCCUGGCUACGAUUACUACAUCUGGGUUUUUCCAGACUUGUUCAGUUCACUGAUUACUUAGCUCAGGACUAGUCUCAUGGCCUGGUUACUGCCCAAGAGUCCCCUGUUGGGGACCAAUACUGAAGCCCUGGCUACAGCUCAGGUGCUCUCCUGACUGGGAUGGAUCCCAGGGCCUGAUGACUGCCCAUGUAUGCUCCUGGGAAAAAGGAGUUCUGAGUGUUUUGGUCUGGGCCCAGACCCCUGGCACUUCUCCAGUGUUUCACUAGACAGAAAUUCAAGCCUCCCUCUGGCAUCCGUCCAGACACCGCCUAAUGGGAACUGAAAGCCUAGGCUGCUGGCAUCACACCAGAUGCUCUGUUGCACUGGGUUCCCCUGCCUUUUGGGGCCUAUUCCUAUAGAAUUUCCUAGCAUGCCCUGCUGUUCUGGCAGAAGUAGCCACUGCAACACCAUCCCUUCACGGUUCCAUCAGAGACCCCCUGAAGCAACUGCACCCCACCUGCUCCCUACUUGGCAGCCUUGACCUAGGGUACCUGAGAGCUGUUGCAGAGGGAAGAGGCUAUGUGAGCAGAUGGGCACCUGGAUAGCAGUGUCAGUGAAUUCCAUCAUCUUCCUCUCCAGUGACCUGAAUGGUGAGGCAGGCACGGGAGACAGUAGAUGCAUCUGGAUAGUGGUCAGGAAAAGAGGAACUGGGGGGGCUCUCUGCACAUCAAGGCUGGUAUGUUCAUAGCAGAUCGGUGAGGGUUUCUUGACCAGUUCCCAGAGAGGAGGAGAGAGAGCAAAGAAGGCCGGGGAUGUCCAAUAGACUGACUGAGAUACCAGAAUACACACAACAUUGCCCAGCUGAAAUUGGCCACAGUCAAUGGGGAAAAUGAACCAUUGUCUGAUAACUGGUUACAAGAGGAAAUGUUAUUGCCUACAGUCUGGUACAGUGCUGGUGACAGAUGUCUUUGUUUUUUUGUCCAGUACUGGGGUCAGUGGGAGAUGGCAUUGCUUUCCACCAGGGACUGGAAUUGGUAGGAGAAGACAUUACCCAGUGUCUCAUAUUUGGUCAGCAGAAGAUGGCAUCGUUCACGGUCUGAUACAUGCCAGCGCCAGGAAGGGAGCCAGGGAGGAGGUGAGCAUGAGGGCUGCUAGAACAAUGUGGAGGCGCUGGAGGAGGUGAGGUGAGAGGACCUGGAUGCCUGGGAGUGCCUAAAAACAGGUGAACGCCAGAGGAAGGAGGAGUGUGGGGAGAAGGAGGAAGCUGGACGGCGAGCAAGUGAGAGAGCCGGGCAAAGCCGUCAGCUCUGGGGAGCGGCUCCUGGCUGCGGCAGGCUACACUAUGGCUACAAAUUUUAAUGACAUCGUCAAGCAGGGCUACGUGAAAAUGAAGAGCAGGAAACUGGGGAUCUAUCGGAGGUGCUGGCUGGUGUUCAGGAAAUCCUCCAGCAAAGGUCCCCAGCGACUGGAGAAGUACCCAGAUGAGAAGUCGGUGUGUCUGCGUGGAUGCCCAAAGGUCACGGAGAUCAGCAAUGUGAAGUGCAUCACACGGUUGCCGAAGGAGACCAAGAGGCAAGCUGUUGCCAUCAUAUUCACUGAUGACUCAGCCAGGACUUUCACCUGUGACUCAGAACUGGAGGCUGAGGAGUGGUACAAGACUCUGUCCAUUGAGUGCUUAGGAGCACGCCUCAAUGACAUCAGCCUGGGGGAACCAGAUCUCCUCGCACCAGGGGUGCAGUGUGAGCAGACGGCUGCCUGUCUCCCUGCAGACCGGUUUAACGUGUUCCUGCUGCCGUGUCCAAACCUGGAUGUCUACGGCGAGUGCAAGCUGCAGAUCACCCAUGAAAACAUCUACCUCUGGGAUAUGCACAACCCCCGAGUUAAGCUCGUCUCCUGGCCCCUGUGCUCCCUGCGUCGCUAUGGACGUGAUGCCACCAGGUUUACCUUUGAGGCUGGCCGAAAGAGGAGGAAAAACAUCUCUUCUCCACGCAGAUUACAGCCUACCCCCAGGGCCUUUGAACUGGUGUCACUGCAACCAAAGCUGCUUAUUUCUUCUGGCUGCAGUUCUUCAGGGAGCAAGCAUCCUGUCCUGUCUGCUCUGAUGUGUGAUGCAGGGGAGGGGCUGUACACCUUCCAGACCCAGGAAGGAGAGCAGAUUUACCAGCGUGUACACAGUGCCACCCUGGCUAUCGCAGAGCAACACAAGAGGGUUCUCUUGGAGAUGGAGAAGAACGUCCGGGGGAAGCGUACUCGGGGGCCCAGGCCAGCUCGGACACUGACCUCUUGAAUAGGUUCAUCUUGCUGAAGCCAAAGCCCUCCAAAAGCGACAAAAAUGAGAGCAAAGAGUCUCAGUCUGCUUCUCAGUGAGUGACCCUUCUCUUGGUGGAGAGACCAUGUUUAGUGGCCUGGCAUCAUGGGGAAAGGGGGUGCUGAAGUGUAGGAGACAUGUGUUUUUUCCAGCACCCCCUCCCUCCUUUCCUGAGGGUGUUGAAGAUGUGGGAAUCCUCCCCCUUCCUUGGAGAAGUUAAUGGAGCUCCUUGCCACAGGGAGAGAGAGUGAGAAAGCAAGACUUGCAUUGAAGCAGGUGCAUUCUCCUAUGCCAGGAGAUAGCCCCAGCUGUGCCAUUCUACCGGACUGCGUGUGAAGGGGCAACACUUCGGAAGAAGAUGACUCGUUCUAUGUUUAACUAUUUUAUAAAUAUAUAUUGCUUAUACAUAUUCUAUAAUAAGAGACUUUCCUUCUCACAUGAAUUCAACUUCCUUAGUCACUGAAGAGACUUUGGGAAGACACUAGAAUUUUCUAAGUCUUUUGGGAGAGUCUUUCUUUUUUCAAGGUGGUGUCAUGGGGCCUCCCACAGUCAAAACAGCAUUUCUAUUACAAAGAAAUGCCCCACGAUUUCCUCAGCAUGGCUCCAUGUAGAACUGUUUUCUCAAGUGGCUGAGGGGUUCAGGGCAAUUGUUCAGUGGCAAAUGAGUGCUGCAGUGGUACUCCAAGUACUGGCAAGAAAGCGGAUGGUUCAGAAAGUCUCGUUCUCACUUGGCCUCUUCCUAAAGGCGCCAGAGGUACUCAAGCAUCCCACAUGCUUGUCUAAGUUGAAGAAAAGAGUUCCUUCCUGAACCCAUUAGAGCUUUUCCUUGGAGAGAGGAACAAGUACUCACAAGCCUAAGCAACAAGCUAAUUUUGCACUUCUUGAAGAUGAUAACACCCACACCCACACAGGAGAAUUGUGACAUCUCAGGAGAAACUGGUUUUCUUUCUGAACUGUGACUUCUGCACAAACUCUCCCCUGGCUUUUGGAGGGAAGAUUUUCACCUGGCUGUGGGAGGCUGGUUGAGCCCAUGGCCUGGGAGGUGUUUCACUUGAUUAUCUACAUGCCCUCUGUUCAGAUCCUAGUAACAGCUGCAGCAUAGCUUUCCCAUUUACAAGCCAGUUAUUUUUCCAUGCAAUGGGGUGUAUGUGAGGGCUGACUGGUUUUAGCACUGGCUGCGAACAAAACUGAUGCCCUCAGCAAGUGGGAAAGGCCAUGGAGUCAUCCUAGCUCCAACAUUGUUUUUUACUGCCUAAAUCAAACUGCCCCAUCUAUCCAUUUGGCAGAGUCAACCUUUUAGGGAUGGCUUACUGCUGGAGGUAGGUCUGCUUGAUCUCCCCAGGUUGGUCCAGUUCCACCUGGGGGCAUCCUGCCUGUUGUCACACCAAACUUGAAAUUCUACUGGCGGGAGAUGACUGAUUGAUCAGAAAUACUCAUCUUUCCAAGGCCCCUCGUCACUGUCGCUUCCUUGUAGAUGCUGAUGGAGGAAGCCCCAUUUUCUUUCCAAUUACAAAUCCAACUGUGUCUCAAAGCUAGUGUUCAGAGGGCUGCUUAGUAUCAGGAGGCCAAUUUUUUUUUUCCAGCCUAUAUGCUCUCCUGCCUCAUUUGAUACCAGUGGGUAACUGAAAUGAGAAUCAGUGAAACACCUUGCACACAGAAGUUGGUUUUAAUAUGAUAAACUCAAAAGCAAUUGAUUUUAUAGUUCUACUAUUUAUUGAAUACCUUUUAAGAAGGGCUAUCUUUUUAUUGCAGUACAAACUUCGGUGUUUCCUUUGCUGUGUUUGUCUUUUUUUAAAGAAAAGCUCAAGGGUACUGUUUCUUUGGGGUUGGGAGCUUCACAACUGUAGGAACCUAUGGUCGAAUCACCUGUAAAUACUGUGUCUUGGUUCUGUGUAGAUGAUAUAUAAGAGGGUGGGGACCUUCCAACCAAAUAUGCUGGAAAAGUCCUAGGACCUGAUAGGACCAGCAACUGUCUAAAUUGCUGUUCCAAACACCACUAAGUGCAGUGCUCUUUUCCCAGUGACAUUUAUCUGGAGCAACAGGAACCAGAUGAGUUCAGUCCUAGCCCCCAUACUCUAUGGUACAGUGAGUAAAGUGAGUUAAUAUUUGUACUUUUUCACAGGCCAGAGAUGAUGUAACCUACUGUCAUUUCCUUGCCUAAACUUCAGUCUGGCUGUCACACAAUUGCCCUGGAUAUUAGUUUCCACUUUAGGCACUAGGGUAUAAUCUGUGCUUCAUUCAAACAACAGAAGAUGCAAUCCUCAGCUGCCAUAAGCAGCAUGGCUCCCACAAUGUCACACCAAUAUAUGGCAGCUGGGGAUGUGGCCCUGUGCCUUUAAAAUACAACUGAAGGGAGACUUUUUGUCUCUGAAGUGUAAAACAAGAAGCCAAGUCUUGGGCCAGUCUCCUGGUAGGAUAACCCAGAUGUUUGUUGGCAUGGAGACAGAAAGCUUAGAGCUGUAAAAAUGCUGAGAGGUAAAAGCUUGAACUGGAGCAAGAGGAAGCUAGGCUGUCUCAGGAUUACACAGUGCGCAGGUGAGUUAAGCCAGGAAAAGACAGGAUUUAGCAUUUAUUGCCAAAAAUGUUUUGUUUGGGUUUGUUUUUUUUAAAGGAAUUGCUCAAUAAACGAACCUUACUGUU